AUGAGAGGUGUGGAUGACGACGACCCACCGCUCACCUCCAGACCUGGACGGCCAAAGGAACAAUGUGUCCACUCCAGUUGCCAGUGCACGUCUCACGUGUCCGAAGAUGCUCAACCGGACCAACUGGAGUUCUUCAAACCUCCACAUGUUUGGCUGAUCCUGCACGAUGCUUCUCCUGCAAGUGCUCUGGGACUCACAGAUACUGCCACUGACAUUAAGUUACCUGUAUCAACACGGAUAAACAACGGAAAAAACUUCGUAAAAGAACAACAUAUUACCGUGCCCACUUUCAACAAUACAAUAACGACGGAUUUAAUAAAGCUGGGAGAUAAAGAUUGCAAUUCAACGGAAGUCUAUGACUUAAGUGAUAGGACCAGUUCAAUAAGAAGCACGGGGUACACAAACAGUAACAGUAUGCACGUAACUAAAAUUCCUUUUCGCACCAGCAAGGAAAACUCUGAAUUCAACUUUAAAGGAAUUAGUGACGAUACUUCAGUGGAUGAGACUGUAGAAACUUGUUUUUAUUGUGAAGUAUUUCGUGAGUUGAACAUCCUCGUUGACAGUCAGGUGCUUAUAGGCAGAAGGGAUGCAGAUAGUAAGUACACAAUUCUGGAAGCCUACAGGCGUAGAAAACACGGCGAACUCGUUGUUUCGGAGCUGGGGUACUGGGAUAGGUCAGCUGCCGUCGUCUGGAAAGCUGUCCGCGAAGUAGCGGUCAGGAGACUGGACCUGAAGCGCACAAAGGUGGUGGCAUCCAUUGUGGUCACCAACCCAGAGACGCUAGAUCACCUGAAUGAUCUUCACAACAGGCACAUCGAUACAGUCACUAAGCUCAACUACCUUCUCCUCCUGCACGCAACUGACGUUUUGAAUGCUAGCCUGGAGCUGAUAGUGGCGGACGAGUGGGGCUACGAGGCGAACGGUUCGUGGAGCGGCAUGGUGGGCAGCCUGCAGCGGUCGGAGGCGGACGUGGGCGGCACGGCUCUGUUCGUCACGGCGGACCGCAUGCGGCUCAUCGACUACAUCGCCAUGACCACGCCCUCCGUCGCGGCGUUCGUGUUCCGGCAGCCGCCGCUGUCGCUGGUGAGCAACCUGUUCACGCUGCCCUUCAGCCGCGCCGUCUGGGCCUCGGCGACAGCGCUGGUGGCUAUGUGCGCCGCUCUGCUGCUGGCCGCCACCCGCUGGGAGUGGCGCCGCGGAGACCCGCAGCUGACAUGGGGCGAGGUCGCCAUGCUCGCCGUGGGAGCCGUCUGCCAGCAGGGUUCCCCAGCAGAGAGCCGCGGCGUGCCGGGCCGCAUCGUGACGCUGUCCCUGCUGGUGACGGUGAUGUUCCUGUACACCUCCUACUCGGCCAGCAUCGUGGUGCUGCUGCAGUCCACCACCACCUCCAUCCGAACGCUCGCCGACCUGCUCUACAGCCCGCUCGGGCUUGGCGUCCACGACAUCGUCUACAACAGGCACUUCUUCCUGGCGGCAGAUGAACCGGUGCGGCGCGCGCUGUACCGGCAGAAGGUGGCGCCCCCGGGCUCCGAACCGCACUUCAUGACGCUGGAGGAGGGCGUGCGGCGCAUGCGCACCGAGCCGUUCGCCUUCCACUCGGAGCUGAGCCCCGCCUGGCAGCUGGUGCAGGAGACGUUCCGCGAGGAGGAGAAGUGCGGCCUGCAGGCCAUCCCCUUCCUGCAGCUCAUACACCCCUACAUCGCCGUGCAGAAGAACGGCGCCUACAAGGAGAUGUUCAAGAUAGCGUACCGGCGCAUCUGGGAGCGCGGCCUGCAGCACCGCCAGCUGUCCCGGCUGUACACGACGCGGAAGCCGCGGUGCGCCGCAGGCCGCGGCAGCAGCUUCGUGUCGGUGGGCAUCGCCGACUGCUACCCCGCGCUGCUCGUGCCCGUCUACGGCGUCGCCUUCGCCGUCUUCGCCCUCUUGCUCGAGAUACUAUUCCACCGCAGAAAAGUGAAGAGGACAACAACUGUGACCGUCAUGAACACAAGACGUAAUGAAGAUCGUAAAACAUCGAGUUUCUCAAUACGUACACUCCAAUAA